GUACGAUUUCUCUGACUGGCGCAAUUUCACAGAAUUUUCACGCUUGGCCUUUGAUUUGGGAAUGUACUCGUUAGUGAGAGUUGGACCCUAUAUCUGUUCGGAAUGGGAGAAUGGUGGUCUUCCUUGGUGGCUUCUCAAGAAGAACAUAACAACAAUGCGAACCAGUGAAGAACGGUUGGAAGCUAAAUCAUGUAAAUACCAUCAAUUACAAGCAUUGCUAUUCAAAAUAGCAGUGAAAAAGUGGUUCUCAGUGCUUCUCCCAAAAAUAGAGCCGCUCCUUCGGCAACACGGUGGACCAGUACUAAUGGUCCAAGUUGAGAAUGAAUAUGGGCUUUAUAAGGCUUGCGACAGAGAAUACACGACUUGGUUGAGGGAUCUUUUCUUGGAAUAUUUGGGUGACGAAGCAGUGCUUUAUACAACCGAUCCUCCUUCCCAAGUUAAGUGCGGAGCUAUACCCGAAACCCUUACCACUGUUGAUUUUGGACCAACGUCCGAACGGAAUAUCAACUCUUCGUUCGAAGCUCAAAAGAAAUACUUCCCUGAUGGACAUGGACCACUUGUGAACUCUGAGUUUUAUCCAGGUUGGUUUGUGACGUGGGGCCAGAAGGCUGCCAAGCUUCCAUCACCAGAAGAAAUAGUCAGUUCUGCAAAGUAUAUGUAUGGACUGGGGGCCAAUAUCAACUUCUAUGUGAUCCAUGGUGGAACAAAUUUUGGAUUUUGGAAUGGUGCCGAACCCUAUGCUCCGUGCAUCACUUCUUACGACUUCUCCGCUCCCAUAUCAGAAGCUGGAGAUGUGACGCCCAAAUAUCUGGCAAUAAGAUCCUGGAUAAAAAGUAUUCCAGAUUGGAAGAAUAAACCAUUGGACAUACCAGAAAAUAAUCCGUAUGUUUAACA